AUGUUUUCGAUCUUCCAAAGCGACCUUCCGUCUAUCUAUGCCGCCUGGGAGGGACUGCUUUCCAUUGUGAUCGACAUUUUAUCAUUCAUAGAUCUAGACCAAGAAAUUACACAGAUGUGGCGAACCAUCGAUAUUCAUUCUGUAACUUGCUCCCUGAUAGAGGUAGCCCUACACCGAACCAAGUGGCUGACGGAAAACGAUGAAGAUCUUGUCCUUGCUGCUAUCUUGAUCUCAAAUUCCAACUUGGUUCAGCAACUGUUGGGAAAGGGCGCCUGCCCAGAGAACACUGAGAAAAGGAGCGAGGCGAUUUGUCGCGCCUCGCGGGCAGGCUCAGCACCAUGUAUCAAAAUAUUGAUCGAGGGUUGCGAUCCGAAUUAUUGGAUUGAAGGUUCAGGAUCACAAUUUGCCUUCAUUCUUGAAAGAACUGUCAAUCUGAGUGGGCGGAAACGGACUUCCGAGCGAGAAAACAAGCAGCGCGAGCUACUACUCCAAGUCGUUGACUCCUAUCUCGAGGCAGGCGCUGAUGUUGACUCACCUUAUCCGCCUUGCAAAAAACACCAGGAACUUCUAGAACAGACCCAAGUCCCCAAAGACUGGUAUCCAACCUAUUUAGAUUGGCUCUUUCAAUGUGAAAGGGGGCUAUUCGAUCGAGUCCAACCGCGAAAUUCAGUUAGUGAAACGACCAUAACAAGGCACGGAAUCAUCCUGGCUGCCAUGCAGGGCGAAUCAGCACUCUCUGUAUACCUCAGAUCUCGGACGUCACAAACGGCUGCAGAAGUGAGCCGGUUCCUGGAGCUCGUUCUUCGAGAGCAAUUCAUAUCCUCUACCCUGUGGGACUUUUUCAAUAUCAAGAUUAAUGGGCUUGUCGUUACUUGUGAGAUUUUCCGUGCCGCGGUGUCCGACAAGGGUACAUAUAUGCUUGACGUCCUCCGGAAAUUCGUCGUUGAUAUUGGAAUGAUUGGUGGGCCCGCCCUGGUGAAAGCUGCAAGACUUGGUAAUUAUGAAGCAGUGGAUUGGUUAUUGGGCUUUGGUGUGGACAUCAAAAGCCCUAUACCAGAUGAAAUCGGCAGCCGAGACGGCUUCAAAGCCAACACUGUGAUAGGAAUCUUCAUCUUGCGGGGUGGGAAACAAAGUUCAGACAUAUCAAUGUUACGAUAUCUGGUCGGAUGCGGCGCUGAGCUCAAGAGAACUGUGAGCGACCAGCACGCGGGUGGUCUUACUCAGUUGAUCAAAUGGCACGGGGAACCACAUGCAACGAAGCUUAUACCUUGGAUUCUUGAUCAACUCGAGGAGCGAGGCACUAGAAAGAUGUCGAGAGCUGAACUUCAGGAUCUAUACGCAUUCGCUGCGAUACCAGGAACUCCCUUGGGCUUCGAGAAAAGCAUCUGGCGGUCAGUCUUUGAUAGGUUGCGUAACACGUACGGUCUCCCACCGUGCCUCGAAGCAAUCCUAGGGCCAAUGAUUGUGGCCGGAGCUCAUGACGAAGUUAUCCAGGAGCUUAUCCGGGCAAGCAUUGACAUCAACACCUAUCCGGACGAGAGGUCCUACAUUUGUUAUAGCCCGAUACAAGCAGCUGCAUCUGUCGGUAACUACCCCUUGGUGGUUCAACUGUUUAAGAUUGGGGCGGACGUGAAUGGUCCGCCUCAAGGGAGAUUUGGUAAAACAGCACUUCAAGCAAUCUGUGCAUGGAAUCCUCUGUCUGAAAAGGAUAAGAGUUGUCAGCAGAACAUUGUGAAUUUCUUAAUCAAGAAAGGUGCAAAUAUCAAUGCUGGCCCCGCGCACGGCGGUUGUGGUGUUACAGCAAUCAUGGCAGCGGUAGAACAUGGAAAUAUUGAACUCGCCACUGUCCUAUUGGCUCACGGCGCUGACCCCAACAUUUACCCAUGGCAGUUGACCAAAUUACCAUGCGCGACCUUAGACCUUGCCCACGGCAGCUGCGAUAUGACGAAACUUUUACUGAAUGCGGGAGCAUUGAGUUCACAUCGGGGUUCAACCGGAUACGAAGGUGCUUUGUGGAGGGCUGAAUAUUGUGGUAAUAAUGCUGUCGCAGACAUAAUUCGCGACCACAUGUUGCAGAAGGAGGGACAAUUUCGUUCAAAUCCAGAGCUGCGGGAUCUUCACGAUGCAGUCGUAUGUAAACUGGAUCUCGAGGAUGCCUCGAGGCACGCGAACGAGACAUACGAUGAGGAGGAUAUGAAGGAUAUGGAAAAGAUUCAAAUACUAGCGGGUGAGCAAGGAUGGAACUAUCCGCCACAACCUCGCCCAUAA